CGGUGCGCUUCCGGGGCGGCCGAGGGGCUUCCUGCGGUGGGUGUGCGGCCGCGGUGCUGCUGCCAGUGCUGCUCCCGGCCCGGCCCGGCCCGGCCCGACGCGCCGCCGGGAUGAUCAACGCCAUCCUCGUGUUCAACAACCACGGGAAGCCGCGGCUCGUCCGCUUCUACCAGCACUUGGCAGAAGAGGUGCAGCAGCAGAUCAUCCGCGACACCUUCCACCUGGUGCUGAAGCGCGAUGACCACAUCUGCAACUUCCUGGAGUGCGGCAGCCUGUUCGGCGGCUCGGACUACAAGCUGAUCUACCGCCACUACGCCACGCUGUACUUCGUGUUCUGCGUGGACUCCUCCGAGAGCGAGCUGGGCAUCCUGGACCUCAUCCAGGUGUUUGUGGAGACGCUGGACAAGUGCUUUGAGAACGUCUGUGAACUGGACCUCAUCUUCCACAUGGACAAGGUCCACCACAUCCUGCAGGAGAUGGUGAUCGGCGGGAUGGUGCUGGAGACCAACAUGAACGAGAUCGUGGCACAGGUGGAGGCCCAGGGCAAGCUGGAGAAGGCAGAGGGAGGCCUCUCAGCGGCUCCUUCCCGCGCCGUGUCGGCCGUGAAGAACAUCAACCUGCCCGAGAUCCCCCGCAACAUCAACAUCGGGGACAUCAACAUCAAAGUGCCCAACCUGUCACAGUUCAUACAUGCAGCCUCUCCUCGCUGUGGGGAAGGAGCAGCCUUCCUGGGAUUCCUGGGAUUCCCAGAGGUGAAAGUGUGCCUGUAGCGAUGGCUCUGUCAGGAGCUGCAGGUUGUCCCCUCCGCCCUCCCAGCCAUGGCUGUCCCCUGCCCUGCUCCUGCUCUCUGUGCUGGGCCCCAGCUGGGUGGGGGUCACUCCUGGGAGCUGCUGUGUGCCCUGGGGACAGCGUGAGGAGGACAUGCUGGAGUGGGGAUGUGGCAGCAAGAGGGAUGGGAGCUGAGUGACUUGGGGGCUUGCAGGGUCAGGCCAACUGACUGGAGGGGCUGCUGGAGUGUGUCCCUGUGUCCCAAUAAACUACCCCUGAACCCA